GUGGUCAGCAGGUUGUAAGGUCAAAGUGUAAAGGCUAUCCCUCUUUCGUUUCUGAAUACACACAGCCAUCUUGGAUCUAACGAAGAGAAGGGAAAUUGAUGCGGUGACAUAAGGCAUGUUUGGUGCUAGAAAGAAAUUUGUAGAGUUUGUGGAGGUUGUCGAUAACGACUUCACAGAUGAAAGCAUGUACUACAACCAGCCGUCGAUGUUCCCACAUCGGUCGGACAAAGAUAUAUUAUCCCCUUCCUUUCAGAUGCUUUCCUCUCCCUCACCAUCUUCAUCAGGGCAGCUGUCACAGCUCGGUGCAAGUUUGUAUGGCCCACAAAGUGCACUUGGCUUCUCGAUACGGGGCAUGGGGAACAGUACGCCUCAGUUAAACCGAAAUCUAACGCAAGGCACACAGCUAUCGAGUCAUAUCACCCCCACAACGGGGGUCCCUACCAUGUCCCUUCAUACCCCUCCUUCACCAAGCAGGGGGACAUUGCCGAUGAACUCAAGGAACAUGCUGAACCACUCUCAGGUCGGUCAAAGCAUCGGAAUGAGUGGCAGGACCAACAGUAUGGGCAGCUCGGGGCUUGGCAGCCCAAACCGCAGCUCACCAAGCAUCAUCUGUAUGCCCAAACAGCAACCAGCACGCCAACCCUUCACCAUAAACAGCAUGUCAGGGUUUGGUAUGAAUCGCAAUCAGGCUUUUGGGAUGAACAACUCAUUAUCAAGCAACAUCUUCAAUGGCACAGAUGGGAGUGAAAAUGUAACAGGACUGGAUUUGUCAGACUUUCCUGCAUUAGCAGACAGGAGUCGGAGAGAAGGGACUGGAAACCCAACACCCGUGCUCAACCCACUGGCUGGACGAGCUCCUUACGUUGGCAUGGUGACGAAGCCAUCGACCGAACAGACACAGGAUUUCUCCAUCCAUAAUGAGGACUUCCCUGCACUGCCUGGCCCAAACUACAAGGACCCCACGUUGAACAACGAUGACAACAAAACUAACUUGAACUCUACAAGCAAGAGCACAUCCAAUGCAGAUGGUCCCAAGUUCCCUGGUGACAAGACGACUUCAGCACAGAAUAACAACCAGAAGAAAGGAAUCCAGGUGUUGCCCGAUGGCCGGGUGACGAACAUUCCCUCAGGCAUGGUGACAGACCAAUUCGGCAUGAUAGGCCUGCUGACAUUUAUCCGAGCAGCAGAGACUGAUCCAGGGAUGGUCCAUCUGGCGUUAGGAAGCGAUCUCACGACACUGGGACUCAACUUAAACUCACCUGAAAACUUGUACCCAAAGUUUGCCUCUCCCUGGGCGUCAUCACCAUGUCGGCCUCAAGACAUUGAUUUCCAUGUUCCCUCUGAGUACUUAACCAAUAUCCACAUAAGGGACAAGCUGGCUGCAAUUAAACUGGCUCGAUAUGGUGAAGACCUGCUGUUCUACCUGUACUACAUGAAUGGUGGAGACCUGCUACAGCUACUGGCAGCAGUGGAGCUCUUUAACCGGGACUGGAGGUACCACAAAGAGGAGCGGGUUUGGAUAACAAGAGCACCAGGCAUGGAGCCAACACUAAAGACCAACACGUACGAAAGAGGGACGUACUACUUUUUUGAUUGUCUUAACUGGAGGAAAGUAGCCAAGGAGUUUCACCUGGAGUAUGACAAGCUGGAAGAGAGGCCUCACGUGCCAACUACAUUCAACUACAACCCAGCCCAGCAGGCCUUCUAAGGCCCGACCAGUCCAAAGGCCGCAGCUGUACCUGCACACAGCACUGUUGUCCAGGAGGGGCGCUGUGGUUCACACAGCUUGGUUUUUAUUCCUUGAGGAUUUGGCUAUUUGACUGCGGGAGUCGUCGUUGCCACCAUCCAACUGCCCUGCCUUUCCAAAAUUACAUGCUGCCCAAAACAACAACACUUGUUCUGUUUUUAUUCUUUAUGUUCCUGCUGUUAUUUUUGGUCUUGUUUUGAGCAGGGUUUUUGUUAUGUUUACGUCUCUGAAUCUGAAGCCUGUUUGCUUGCAGAGAGGAGGACUGACCUUGUGGCACAAGACAGUGACAGAACAAGGGUUACACCUCAUAUUCAACAAGUGUUAAGAACAGAAAGAAGUAGGAGAAAGCAGUUUAAGAUCCUCUGACGCAAGUUAAAGGUUGAAAGAAAUGCAAUGUUUAUUGUUGCACUAUAUUUAGUAAUAAAAGAACACAAAAUUUG